AUGCGCAAGGUCUGCCCGGAGGGGGGCGAGCGGGGCUCGAGGUGGCAGAGGGACGAGUCGGCCGUGCGGGCUUCCGCGCCGCAGGCCGCCGGCGAGGAGCUCCGGGCCGCGGACGGCGCGCCGCGGUGCGCCGGCGGGCACCCCACGCUGGCGACGUCCUCGUCCGAGGGGCGCUACGCGGGCGGCUGGCGCUGCACGACGUGUGGCUGCCAGAAGCGAGGCGAGCGCUGGUUCUGCAGCCUGUGCCAGGACAACCUCUGCUUCGGCUGCUGGCCCCGCUACGAGAGGGGCGCCGCCGCCCAGAAAGAGGCGAUCUUCGUGGAGGGCCGCCACGUGCAGGUGAAGAAGCACUCGUCGAUGGGCUGCGCAGUGGUCACGUUCCGGGCGAAGGCGACGAGGGACCAGGCGAUCGCCAGGCUGUCCGCGGACCCCCCGGUGCUGGGGGGCAUCCGCCUGGAUGUCAAGGCGCACAGGCAGAAGCAGCCAGACGGCUCGCAGGAGGAGAUGCCGCUGUGCGCCUUCGUGGGCUGGAAGCGUGCCAAGGCCGAGGGCCUCUGCCGCCUGCUGGCAGGCACUCUGCAAGUCUACUUGGACCGGGUGUGCGACCGUUUCUCCGCCGUGAUCGACGUGGACGACUGA